CAAAAACCGUUUGCAACGAUGCUUGGAACUUGGGUCUUAUCGCUGGGCGUGAUCUGCCUGCUGCAGUGUACAGUGUCCGGUGAGCCACGUCCCGAUUUCGGGCUCGACGCUACGCUGUUCGGAACGGUACGAGUGUCCGGUGCGGUCGGUGAAACUCAGUCGGUCGUGACGGCGAUCGAUGCCAAUCUGUACAUCACACUCAACUCCUCCUAUCCGCGACUAUCGAACCUGCUGCAGCUAACCCAGGAGGUGGGCGAAAGUGUCUCCGAACGGUUGGAGGAUAUCCUUAACCCGCUGGCAACACUGGCGCCCUCGAGCAGCUCGGAAGAGGUGAGCCUUUUCAACGAUGUGCUUGGAGCUGUUACUACGCUGGAAGGAUUCCUGAGUACGCGACUGACGGAAAUAAACUCCGAGGUGGGGAUGCUGUUCAGCGGGUACAUUCCGUCACAGUUUUCCGAUGCUUUGGGCCGUGUCGGUGUGGGUCUGCGAGAGUUGGCCAGUGCACUCGGGGCUCUCCAGACUGCCGUGAAUGCGGUUGUGGGCCAGAACAGUGGCGAGAUGAGCGAGUGCGCACCAAAAGUCGUCCGACCGAAGCUGGUGUACCGGGUGGUGUAUGCGGUGCGUACUCUGAAGGCUUACCUGCCGGUGGUACGGUACACGCUGCUUACCACGGUGGAGAACAUUGCGUUAGCCGACCACUUCGUGUUUCGACUGACCGAGGAGGCUGCCGACGUACAGGAACCGGGACAGUACGUCGAUUUGAUUCGGGAUACGGUCGACAGCGUUAGGAUUGCUGUGAACAAUGGCGUUGCCGCGUUAGGGUUUCGAUUUUUUAUCGUCAAAACUUCGGUGUCAGACUUAAGCAGCUUGAGCUCGCUUUCGGCGUACUCGGGCGUACAGCAAGUGAUGAACUCCUUCGACAUGACCCUGCAACAGAUCGGGUCCGCCGUCACAACGUUCAACAGAUCGCUGGUGGACAUUGCCGAACAGCUGCGACUGGCGCUAGUUCCAGACCAAAGCACACCGACGGUCAACAACUCGGAGGUAGUCGCUGCUCUCGUGAGCACGCUCAUUGCCAAUGGUCCGUUUGCUCGGUUCUGUUUCUACAAGUACUCGGAGCUCGUGUUCGGGCUUGCCAACAACGGUUUGCUCGGGGUGGAAGCGUGCAUCAACAAGGAAAUGCUGCGACUUCAGCAACUUCGCAAGGCGUUGCUGGAACAAGUGCCUUUGCUGCUGUUCGAUCUGGAGGAUAUUGUCGGUCAGCUGACCACGUGCAAUGCUAUUCAAAGUACGAGCUCGCGUGAAUCCUGCGUUUCAAUGGUUACGAGCUAUUACGUCCAAGUAGCGUCGUUCUUCCGGACCAAAUUCGACACCCUGUUCAUAACCGGUGUUGCGGAAGCGGACGCCAGCAAAAACCGUUUGCUAGCGUGCGUUAAAGUGCUGCAGUACGAGAUUGUGGACGGAUCUGCACAGUCCCUCAAAGACCAGAUUCUACGGUGUGCCCAGGUGGGGCCACAGGUAAGUCAGUAACGCAACCGGACGCUAUCGGGGUAUCAGUUUUAAACAUUUUGUAAAGAAAGAUUAAAAAAUAAAAACUACAACCAUCUGGAGUAGUAAACAAGCUAAA